CACCCACCGGGGGAAGGACCCUACCCAGAGGGGGAGAGAGGCAGGCCAGGAGAGGUAGCGUUUGAAGAAAAGGCCAUGUUCACUCUGAAGACGCUUCCACUUCUGCUCUUACUCGACAUACAGCUUUCCAAGGCCUUUCCAAUACCUUCUGAAUCCCCAGAAGAGAAAAAUACAAAAAUUGUCCAGAAUUACCUAGAAAAUUUCUACCAAUUACCAAAGGGAGAACAUCGAUCUGCAAGGAAGAACAGCACUAGUGUGAUUGUUGAAAAGCUUAAAGAAAUGCAACGAUUCUUUGGGUUGAACGUGACGGGGCAGCCAGAUGAGGAAACUCUGGCGGUGAUGCAAAAGCCUCGCUGUGGAGUGCCUGAUAGUGGCGGUUAUAUGAUAACCCCAGGAAACCCCAAGUGGCAACAAACUCACCUGACCUACAGCAUUAUUAGCUAUCCCCCAGACUUAUCAGGGGCUGACGUGGUGAAAUCUUUUGAGCAAGCCUUUAAACUCUGGAGUGAAGCAUCACCGCUGACAUUCACAAGGAUCUCACAGAAAGAAGCAGACAUCAGGAUUACUUUUGUCCGAGGAGAUCAUGGUGACAAUUCUCCAUUUGAUGGACCUGAUGGAAUCCUUGCUCAUGCCUUUCAGCCAGGCCAAGGUAUUGGAGGAGAUGCUCAUUUUGAUUUGGAUGAAACAUGGACCACAGACGAUGAAAAUUACAACUUGUUUCUUGUUGCUGCCCAUGAAUUUGGCCAUUCCUUGGGGCUCGCUCACUCCUCUGACCCCGGUGCCUUGAUGUAUCCCAACUACGCUUUCAGGGAAACCAGCACCUACUCGCUCUCCCAAGAUGACAUCAAUGGCAUUCAGGCCAUCUAUGGACCUUCAAACAACCCUAUCCAACCAACUGGAUCAACCACACCCACAGCCUGUGACCCCAGGCUGACAUUUGAUGCUAUAGUCACACUCCGUGGAGAAAUACUUUUCUUUCAAGACAAGUACUUUUGGAGAAGGCAUCCCCAGCUACGAAGUGUGGAACUCAAUUUUAUUUCUCUAUUCUGGCGAUCCCUGCCAAAUGGUAUACAGGCUGCUUACGAGGAUUUUGACAGGGACCUAGUUUUCCUAUUUAAAGGCAACAAAUACUGGGCUCUGAAUGGCUAUGACAUUCAACCAGGUUAUCCCAAGGAUAUAUCCAACUACGGCUUCCCAAGCAGUGUCCGAGCAAUUGAUGCAGCUGUUUCCUAUGAGAGUAAAACAUACUUCUUCGUAAAAGACCAAUAUUGGAGAUUUGAUAACCAAAGACGAUCCAUGGAUGCAGGUUUUCCCAAAAGCAUAGCAAGUGCCUUUGGAGGAAUAGAAAGGAGAAUUGAUGCAGUUUUCCAGCAAGAUCACUACUUCCUUUUCUUCAGCGGACCAUAUUAUUAUGCAUUUGAUCUUAAUACUCGUAGAGUUACUAGGAUUGCAAGAAGCAAUAAAUGGCUUAACUGUAGACGAAGUUGA